UCCACCACACAAACAAAUGUUUCAUUCUCUCGUAGGUAAACACCGUGUUUCUCUCUCUGAUGCAGGCUUUGGUCAAGCAACAGCGCAGAAAGCUUUCCAAGAAGAAGAUUUGACCUUUUUAAAAAAAAAAAAAUAACGAUGGGAUGACAGUAAGAGAUAAGAAGAAGCCAUUGGAUGGAAGGGGAAAGGAUGGAGCAAAAAAAUAAAAGCCAAAGUGCGAAGGCGAGCAGGAGGCGGUUUACUGAGGCAGUAAUAUAAUGCAGGAUGCCUUCAUGUCGUGAUGAUGGAAGUGAAAUGAGAUCGCUUUGCUUUUGCGUUUAACAGGCUCGAUUAUGCGCCAGCUGCAGUGACUGAACGCGUUUUAUUUUACCUGCUCGACGCCAUGCUGAAAUCCGAUGACUGCAUCCAGGCUCUGUAGCCGGCAUUAGGAGGACCAGGACCCUGUUACUGGCUGUUUGUCUGCAGCACCACGGACAGCGACAAUGACGCGGCUCCGCAGGAAAGCUCUGGUGGCACUUUUCCUCUUCACGCUCUUCAUUUUCGGGGCCAUGAUGGGACUCAGGACGCUGAAGCCCAGCGAUGGCUUCUCAGACCUGGCCCCCGGUAUGGACUUCAUCGGGGAGAGAUCCGACAGGAGGCGGCUGGACGUGAAAGACGUGGUGGUGUCUCCUGGCCAGUUCCACAUGGGCAGCAGUGACACCAAGGUGGUUUUCACCAAAUCGGACAGAGAUUACAGCAUAUUCUAUGACGUUCACAUCUUCUACUACCUGUGGUACGGCUCACCCAGCAUGGACAACAAGUACAUCCACUGGGAUCAUGUGCUGGUGCCACACUGGGACCCCAAGAUUGCAGCCAGUCAUGCCCAAGGAAGGCACACACCUCCAGAUGAUAUUGCCUCAAGUUUUUACCCUGAGCUGGGACCCUACAGCUCCAGGGACCCAAAGGUGCUGGAGUCACACAUGUCCCAGAUAGAGGAGGCUGCAGCAGGGGUGCUGGUGUUGUCCUGGUAUCCUCCCGGGGUGGCAGACGACCACGGGGAGCCCACCGAGGACCUGGUUCCUGCUGUCAUGGACGCUGCCCACAGGCACAGCAUCAAGGUGGCCUUUCACAUACAGCCAUACAAAGGACGGACGGACCAGAGCAUGCAUGACAACAUCAGAUACAUAAUUGACAAGUAUGGAAAGCAUGGCGCUUUCUACAGAUUCAAAUCCAGCACAGGGCGAAUCCUGCCCCUGUUUUACGUCUAUGACUCCUACCUGACGCCACCAGAGUCCUGGGCAGAGCUUCUGACGAGUAAAGGCUCGCACAGCAUCAGAGGCACACCUUAUGAUGGCGUUUUCGUUGCCCUCAUUGUGGAAGAGCGCCACAAACAUGACAUCCUAGCUAGCGGCUUUGAUGGCAUAUACACUUACUUUGCCUCCAAUGGCUUUUCCUUUGGCUCAUCCCACCAGAACUGGAAAGCAAUCAAGGCCUUCUGUGAUGUAAACAAUCUGCUAUUUAUUCCCAGUGUUGGGCCAGGGUAUGUGGACACUGCUGUUCGGCCGUGGAACAACCAUAACACAAGGAAUCGGGUUAAUGGACGUUACUAUGACACAUCCUUGCAGGCAGCUUUGUCUGUCAGACCAGAAAUUGUCACCAUUACUUCCUUUAACCAGUGGCACGAAGGCACGCAGAUAGAGAAAGCUAUACCCAAGAAAACAGUGGCCCGUUUGUACCUAGACUACCGACCCAACCAAGCAAACCACUACUUAGAGCUUACGCGCCAGUGGGCCGAGAACUUCAACAAGGAGAAGGACAAGUGGCUGAUGUAAGCAUGGCCUUGUUUCCCUGGCAGAUGCCCUGAGCAUGACCAGAAAUGAUUAAAUCAGCUCUUGCAAAAGACUAUCCCUUUAUAUUAAUGCCUACCUGUUUUUUCUCCAACGCUGAGCACUUCUGAUGAGAAUUUCUCUGCAGUAAAUGUUCACUACUUACUUCUUUUAAUCACUAACAUUUUUUGUACAGGUUGAUAAUGUCACUGAUAUGUUGAAGAUCACAAUGAUGGACAGAUAAGUGUUUCCUGACAGCAACUUUGUUCAGUAUCUGUUUGCGACAUCAAGAAAGUGCGUCUAUGUACAGUAACUUGGCUCUGUAGGGUCUUUUUUCUUAUUUUCUUAUGAUGAAAGACUGUUCUUUCCUGUAUUUCUUUGAAGACAAAUUAAAAUUUGUGUCUGUUAA